ACUUCAGAAAUAACCUCCUACACCUUUACUGAAGUCUGACCUCCCCUCCUGACACCAUGUGUUACAACUACUAUGGGAACUCCUAUGGAGGCUGUGGCUAUGGCACUGGCUGUGGCUAUGGUUCCAGUUGUGGAUAUGGCUGUGGCUAUGGCACUGGCUGUGGCUAUGGUUCCAGCUGUGGAUAUGGCUGUGGCUAUGGCACUGGCUGUGGUUAUGGCUUGGGCUGUGGCUAUGGUUCCAGCUGUGGGUAUGGCUGUGGCUGUGGCUCUGGCUGUGGAUACAGCUCUGGGUAUGGCUCUGGCUAUGGAUAUGGUUUAGGGUGUGGCUGCGGAUAUAGCGCUGGCUGUGGAUAUGGAUCUGGCUGUGGAUACGGUUGUGGCUAUGGCUCUGGCUGCUAUGGUUACAGACCAUUUUACUACAGAAGGUGCUAUACCUCUUGCUGCUAAUCAUCAUGACAAGUAAUUCCUUGCCUUUGAUGUGACUACUCCAAGUUCAAAUUCAGUUGAAAUUCCUCUUAUCCCUUAAUGUAACAUUAAGGAUUAAUUUUUGUCUGUUGGGCACUUGUUUUAAUAUCAAAGAGGUUGCUUUCAAUUGAUAAAGAUUGUCCAUUACACUAAUGAAGAUAGAAGACCUUAUUCUGAUCAUUUUGCAAAUGAACAUUCUUAUAUCUUUUCCUGUCUCUGUAUUUUAUCUAUCUGCAGAAGUGCAGAUAUAUAUAACUGGAGUGCAUUAAAAUGGAAGAAAAAUAGAAGUUUCUUAAUAAAAUGCUUUAUUUGCUA